GCAGAAACCCAUCAGGAGCAGGAAGAAAGCUGCUGCUUUAAGAGCGGAGAACAUGCGCUCAACGCACAGGUGAACAAUCAACUUCUCCCUUUGUGGGCUGCAACUUUUUGUUAUUGUUAUCAUCAGCGUCGUCUGGUCCUCGUACGCUGCAGAUUCGCGUGAGAAAUUGGCUCUUCAAUUUGCGAUCGCAAUUUACAAUAAAAUUGCUGGAGCAAAUGUCUCGCAAGAAGGCAGCCAGGGGCAAAGCGGCGAGCAGCAGCCCGUCCUCGGGCAGCCCCGCGGGGAGAAGCUCCGGCAGAGCGGCGAGGAGCAGCCCGGGGAUCGUCCAGAUGAACGGGGUGGUCCAUCCGAGCAGACCCUCCAUCAGCAGCAGCAGCGAGUUUUAUGACAUCGCCUUCAAGGUAAUGCUUGUUGGUGACUCCGGUGUGGGGAAAACCUGUCUCCUGGUUCGAUUUAAAGAUGGAGCUUUUCUUGCCGGCAGCUUUAUCUCCACUGUGGGGAUCGACUUCAGGAACAAAGUCCUGAACAUUGAUGGAGUCAAGGUCAAGCUUCAGAUCUGGGACACAGCUGGACAGGAACGUUUCCGCAGUGUCACUCAUGCCUAUUAUCGGGAUGCUAAUGCUCUCCUUUUGCUGUACGACGUCACAAACAAAUCGUCCUUCGACAACAUACAGGCAUGGCUGACUGAGAUCCAUGAAUAUGCCCAGCAGGAUGUGGUGCUUAUGCUGCUUGGAAACAAGGCUGAUGCCACUCAUGACAGGGUGGUGAAGAGAGAGGAGGGGGAGAAACUGGCAAAGGAAUUUGGGGUUCCUUUCAUGGAGACCAGCGCCAGAUCAGGUCUGAACGUAGAGCUGGCUUUCACAGCUGUGGCCAAAGAGCUGAAGCACCGGUCAGUAAAGGAUCCCAGUGAGAAGUUUAAGCUCCAGGAGUACGUAAACAAAGAAGUGAAGGGUGUGGGCUGCUGCAGGUCCUAAACGCCUUUAAGUGAGUGUCCACGCGUUGACCUCUCCUCUUUCUGGUGUUCAGAUCUGGACUCUUAAAAGAUGAGGAGUCAGCUUUGUGGAGAUAUAAACCUGUUUCUGUCUCUUCACGCACCUCCCCUGUUCUCCUCCUCAUGCUUCUCUUUUCCUGCCUCUGUCUUUUGUUUUGAAUGUAGCCCAAGGUUACAGCUUGAAAAAGCAAAGACAGCACCUCUUCAGUUAGCUCCCCAUUAAACAGACAUCCAGAACUGUAGCUGCACAAUCAUCGUUUUUUUUAACCCUGAAACAGAAUGCAUUGCCUUGUGUUUGAAUGCAUUUUAAAAGAAUUUAAACCCAACAUGAUUCAGCUCACUGGAGACAAAAUGCAUGUUUUGUAAAGUGGUUUAUUUUCCACAGGUACAGGUAUAUCACUGGCAGCUUUAAUUAAAACAUUGUGGAUGACUCUACGUAUAGAUGUUUUGUGUCAUUGGUUUUUCUGCCCAUGUUUCAGUGUUAAUACUGUAUAAGAAGUAGUUCAACAGGCACCAGCAUAAAUUCUAAACAUUUCCACUGGGAUAUUUGGGUUAUUAUUGCAUCUCUCAAAAACACUAAAUGGACUGAGCAGUUUUGAAUACAAAAGUUUUGAAAUAAACAUUUAGCAUUAUUUAAUUUUGAAACAAUAAAUGUAAAAUAAAGUAUCAUGCAUCUUUAUUUAAUCCUAACUGUACACUUGUUUUUCGAUUUCUUCAAAUAAUUUAAAAUCUAAUGGCCAAACAUUUAGAAUCUACACACUGUGGGAGUUUGACAAAAGCUGUAAAUAUGUAUUUUUUUCCUACUUAAAAAAACUUCAGUAAAAAAGAACUAAGUUUCAGUGGAAUUGUGAAUAAGAUUUAUGGAGAAUUCUGGUUACCAUGUGUUGUAUAUGUAACUUAAAUGUCUCCACUUCAAUGUAAUAUUUUAAAUCCUUGUUAACCGCUGUUUUGUAUUUUGUUCCUUUUCAUUAAAUCAUAUAUAAAAUAUAA